AUGCUUUAUAAGAAUGAUGAGAUUAACGCUCUCUUCAAAGAUGAAACUCUUCAUGUAUUAGAUUACGAUUGUGAAUAUAAUCGUGGAUAUCCAUGUCCUGAAAAGUUCCCAGAAUUCAAAAAUAAAGUAUAGAUUAAAAAUAAUAUCCUUAGUUUUUGUUAAUCUUUAACACUGAUACUUCAAUGACAACUGGAUAUUUCAAAAUGGCUGAUGUUGAAACUGGUGCAGUUAUGAAUUUGAAAUUUAAGACUAUGCCUGUUCCAGGAAAAUAUAGAUAUUAAAUUGGAGAACCAUUAUAUUUCUAUGAUUUGAGAGGUAUUCUUCAAUAAUAUUUAUUUUUAAAGCUGAAAUAACUCAUAAUGGCUAACACAAAGAGGUUGUUUUAGUUGAUGAGAAAGUUGCUUUAUAAAAAAUAAGACCAUUUUUAUUAAUUAUUUGA